AUGGUGUCCACGGCCCGGUGCAGCAGGCUCCAAGUGUCCACCGACAGGCGACUAUCGGGCAGAGCCCAGCUCAGGCAGGAGGAGCAGGGUCCUGCGGACGAGGUCAGCCUCUGGGAAGGACGGGACCGGCAAGGCCGCCGGCCCAGAGAAAAGCACUGGGGGCCUGGACAAGCUCAGCCAGCCAACGGCCAGGGCGCCACCAUCGCGCCUGCGCACACCGACCAGCCGAACAGCCGCGAGUUCCAGGGCACAUGGCCGUUUCCUCGCCCGCCCCGGUUUGAGGCGAUGCAGCAACAGCAGCAGCAGCAGCAGAGACAAAGGACCGGCCACAUGGACUCUGAGGGCGAGGGUGCUGGCGGAGGGAGCAAAAAGGGCUCGGUGGAGGACGUCCAGGGUUCUUCCGGUGACCCCGAGAGCGGGGAUGUGGCCGAGGGUGCAGUGGCUCAGACCCAGGGUGCCCGGCCUGCCCCGGUGCCCGGUGGUGACCAGGCUCCAGGCGCGGCACCUAGAAGAAGCCUUUUGAUUGAGUUCAUCCUGACCGUGCCUUUCCAGUCCUGCACAGAGGCCGACAUCGCCCUCAGGACCCUCUUCCCAGUGGUCGAGCGCCUCCUUGGGAUGGUUGGCAAAGAGAUCUCGGUGAACGGCAGCAACCUGAUUGUUCACCUGACUGCUGAUGACUCCAGCAGCCUGCAGAUGGCCAUCGCCACCAUGGUCAGCCAUGUCAAGCUGCUGUUACGGGCUGGGUGAUACUACUGGCCCUACUUUCUCAGGAACCUGCGGUCCAGCAAGGAUGGCGGAGCCUCUGUGUGCUGUCCCCCGCUGUUCUGUCCCUCUGAGGCUGGAGGAGGAAGAGUGGGUCGUAACUAUCUGUCCAGCACAAAAUAAAACUGAGCAUCUUC